CUCUGGCCCGGGGCGACCCCGCCCUCCGCGCCCUUCCCCGGCGUGAAGAUGGCGCUGUCCAGGGUGUGCUGGGCUCGGGCUGCUCUGUGGGGCUCGGCCGGCGCCCCCGGACCCUUCGUCACCCGGAGGCUGCAGCUGGGUCACUCGGGCCCCGCGUGGCGAGCCCCUCGGUCUUCAAAGCUCCAUCUUUCUCCAAAGGCGGACGUGAAGAACUUGGUUACUUACAUGGUGACCAAGACAAGAGCGAUCAAUGGAUCAUACCAUCGUUUCUUGGGCCGGCAUUUCCCCCGCUUCUAUGCCUUAUACACAGUCUUCAUGAAAGGAAUACAGAUGUUAUGGGCUGAUGCCAAAAAGGCUAGAAGAAUAAAGGCAAAUAUGUGGAAGCACAAUAUAAAGUUUCAUCAACUUUCUUACCGGGAGAUGGAGCAUUUGAGACAGUUCCGUCGGGACAUCAGCAAGUGUCUUUUCAUAGGCGUCAUCUCCAUCCCGCCCUUUGCCAACUACCUGGUCUUCCUGCUAAUGUACCUGUUUCCCAGGCAACUGCUUGUCAAGCAUUUCUGGACCCCCAAACAACAAGUUGAUUUCUUAGAUAUUUAUCACAGUCUCCGGAAGCAGGCCCACUCAGAAGUCAUCACUUACUUAGAAAGGGCCAGCACUCUGGUUUCCGAUGAGAGGCUUCAGUGGCAUCUGACAGACCUGGGCAUCAAGGUGCGGAACGGUACCCACCCGACAGCUCAUGACAUCCUGCCUCUCAGAGAGUGCUUCUCUACUCAUCCCCUGGGCUUGAAUCAACUCCAGGCUGUGCAGAUGAGAGCCUUGAGCCGGGCCAUGCUCCUUACACCUCACCUGCCUUCCCCCUUGUUGAGAUGGCGUUUAAAGAGUCUUACCACUGAGAUUCACCAGCUGGACAGGGCUCUGGCAAAGCUGGGGAUUGGCCAGCUGACUGCCCAGGAAGUGAAAUCGGCUUGCUAUCUUCGUGGCUUGAAUUCUACCCAUAUUGCUGAUGACAGGUGUCGGACUUGGUUAGGAGAGUGGUUGCAGGUUUCCUGCAGCCUAAAAGAGGCCGAGCUGUCCCUCCUGCUGCACAGUGUGGUCCUGCUCUCCACCAACUACCCUGAGACAAGGCGCUGAGUGAAGCACGGAGAGGGACGAUGUCCUGCAGUCACAUAACGUAGUAGUGUGGGACCAAAGGGCACCCGCCAGCAGUCUGUACACUCUCAGUGUGGGAGGCAGAAGAGCAGGUUUUAUAGGCUUCGCAGCACGCUACCCAUCUGGGAGCUGUAGCCAUUCCUCACAGCUUGAACUAAACACACGUGUGUGGUGCCAUCCCGUCAUGCUAACCUGGAACUGGCAAGCGCCUCUGGUACUGGACUUUUAUUGUGAUGAAAUGUUUAGGUCCUAUUAAGUCAGUUUUUGCCCAGGUUGGAAUCAUUUGGCCUAAAAUUCAUGACUGCCAUGGUUUGUUUUUAAAUUUCUAUUUUUUUUUUCCCCUGAGAUGAGUAUGUUGCCCAGGCUGGCCUCAAAUUUCUGUGCUCAAGGGAUACUUCCACCUCAGGCUUCUGGGUGCUGGGGCUACAGGUCCAAGUCACACUGCCGUGCUCUUCAUAUCCGUGAGUGUGUUUUUUUGCUGGUUUUCUUGAGAUGUUGAGGAUGGCCUUGAACUCGUGCUGGGAUCCAAGCUGAAGCACCAGUGCUCUGUGAGAUGUGAGGAGCUGGCCAAGUGCUCGACACUCAGCCCUUUCCAUGGAGAGUUUGGGUGCCAAGAACACUGUUGCUUGGACUGGGGUGCUGCACCAGGGCUGCACCCAGACGCCCUGCCAGUCUUUUCUUAUCCCGCCCCUUUUAUUUUGGUGUUCUGGAGACAGAGUCUCGCUCUGGCCUGGAUUUCACUACAUAGCCCAGGCUAGCCUUCAAUUCCUAGCAAUCCUGAAAACUGUGCCACAGCCUCCUGGGUACUAGGAUUAUAGCAUGAGCCACUAGGCCUGGCCCGUCCUUUUUGAUGUGACCAAAAGUAGGGGCACUUUCCAUGUCACUAACUGGACCGUCCACCCUCUUCCUUUAGUAUUCUUAAUUUAUGGGAACAUUCUAAAGGAGGUGAAAAGGAAGAGGAUCGGAUGCCUGGCCCCUCCCCUGCACCUAUCCCCCGGUGUCUUAUUUUCAGGCUGUCUGUCACACAGCCUCUAAGGACCUUCCUUCGUGUUUGCUACCUCCACCGUGUUGCACUAAGCAUCUGGAGCCCGCAGUGGCUGCCUUCUCUAGGCCAUGGAUCAAGUCGUGUAAGGUACUCCUUACUGCCUGGCCCUGGGAGACCAGAUCUACAUCAAGACAGUAAACUGGGCUUGGCUGUUGUGUGUACAUCUAUGAUAACUUACUGUAAAUGCAUGAAGCACUGUUUUUAAACCAAGUAAAGACUGCCUGAAACCA